AUGGCAUUAGAGACAGUGGUUUACCCUCAAGAACAAUAUAAUGGCUAUGUUUGUAAAGAAUUAUAUGGGUAUGAAGAGCAAGAAAGUUCCAUUAUUCUUGACAACAAUUUGGAGUACAUUUCAUUUUAUAAUUAUUCAAUGAUGCAAAAUCAAGUGAAAUUAGGAGAUUGCAAUAUUGUUGAGGAGAAUAGUAAUAAUAUGCUGUUUUUGGAGGGUUCAUCAGCAAAUUCAAAUUCAAAUUCUUUAAGGUGUUGCACGAAGAAAAGGAAACGAACAUGUAAUAAUAAAGACCAGAGAAUGAUACAUAUAGCUGUGGAGCGAAAUCGGCGAAAACAAAUGAAUGAUUAUCUUACUAUUCUUCGAUCUUUGAUGCCAUCUUCCUACGUUCAAAAAGCGGACCAAGCAUCAAUAAUUGGAGGAGCCAUAAACUUUGUAAAAGAGCUAGAGCACAAUCUCCAAACUCUACAAGCUCAAAAGACAUUAAUUUCUCAGCUCGAAAAAAGCGAUAUAUCAUCAUCACCGCUUUUUGCUGAUUUCUUCUCUUUCUCACGAUACUCAAAUUGUUCAUGUGAGUCAUCAGUAGCAGUCAAAAAAUCUCGACCACUACUGAUGAGUCAUGACAUACAAGUGAACUUAGUAGAGAGUCAUGUCAACCUCAAAAUACUCUCAAAGAGAAGACCAAAACAACUCAUGAAGAUAGUAGUUGGCCUUCAAUGCUUGUGGCUUACUAUUCUUCACCUUAAUGUCACUACUGUUCAUGACCAAAUUGUUCUUUACUCCAUCAGCACUAAGCUAGAGGAAGGGUGCCAAUUGACAACAGUAGAAGAAAUUUCUCAUGCUGUUAACCAAUUAUUGGAUAGAAUUCAAGAAGAGGAGGCUACUUCAAGUUUAAACUAA